AUGUUGUACAAAACAGGCAUUCCAGAUGCGGAAUUUGAUGACCUUGACCCAGCUGGAAUAGAGUUGAAAGGUCAAAAGGUCAGGAUUGAGAGACAAAUGUUGGCAUCGAUGCCAAAGUACUGUAUAUCUGAGAAAGUCAACAAACAAAUUAAGUUACUGGAGUCUGACAAGUCGACUCGGGGGAAGGACUUGAGUCCAACCUCACAGUUUUCUCGUGUCCUGUUCCGGCCGAGUCUGGAUGAAGCCCUUGCUAGAGAUCUAGGAAGUACUGACGACACCUCAUUCCUGAGUAGCUGUACGGUCCAGGCCCCCAGUCUAGGGAUGGUGGUGUACCAACUCCGUCAGUGUGCCAACCACUUCAUGUCUGUGUACGAGAGUCACAAGCAACAUCUACGUAAGCGACAGAGUCUGGCUGAUCUUAGUACAGACGACCUCAAACAGUUUUCUGGAGUAGGAGAGAAGCUCACAUCUCAUCAGAGACGGAAACUCUCUAAAACUCGCCUCACCAAAAUCGUACACUACAAGGAGGAACUACUGCAGUACUUUGCUUCUAUCCUUUAUGAAUGAAGCAAAAUAUUAGAAUUUGUGCAAUGUAAACUUUUUUGUUUGAAGUUGAAGCUAGCUUUUUUCUUAAAAAAAGUUUUGGCAAGUUCUUUGCAUUUUCAAACA